ACACACACACACACACAUUGAAGCGAAGGGAAGUGUGAACGGCGACCUCAAGAUGCUGGCACUUAUUAACCGGCUGCUGGACUGGUUCAAGUCACUGUUCUGGAAGGAGGAGAUGGAGCUGACGCUGGUCGGCCUGCAGUACUCGGGCAAAACAACAUUUGUAAACGUGAUCGCUUCUGGGCAUUUCAGUGAAGACAUGAUCCCAACAGUCGGGUUCAACAUGAGGAAGGUCACUAAAGGAAAUGUCACCAUCAAGAUUUGGGAUAUUGGAGGUCAGCCGAGGUUCAGGAGCAUGUGGGAGCGGUACUGUCGGGGAGUUAAUGCGAUUGUGUACAUGGUUGAUGCGGCUGAUCGGGAAAAGGUGGAGGCAUCUAGAAACGAGCUUCAUAAUUUAUUAGACAAACCUCAGUUGCAAGGAAUUCCUAUUCUGGUGCUCGGCAACAAAAGGGAUCUACCCACUGCUCUAGACGAGAAGCAGCUCAUUGAGAAAAUGAAUCUGGCAGCUAUUCAGGACAGAGAGAUAUGCUGCUACUCCAUUUCCUGCAAAGAGAAAGACAACAUUGAUAUCACACUUCAGUGGCUCAUCCAGCACUCAAAAUCCCGGAGGAGCUGAAAAUGCACCAAGUUUUGUUUUUUUGCCAGCUGUGUAUGCCAUGUUACUGUCACGCCACACCCUCAUCACUCUGUGAUGAUGUACAGUUGUACCUUCAGGUCACAGGUGACAUUGCUGCACUGUUCUGCUUGUGUCAUUCAAUUUCUUUUCUCCUUUGUCACCAUGUGAUUCUUUCACAAACCCUGACGAUGCACUACUCAAAUGAAAUUCUGGUUCCAAAUUGAAUGAAUGUAAUUGGCAUUAUACAUAAUGUGAAGCAUAAUGUAAGCACAUAAUGUGAUGUGAAGUCAGAACCUAAUUUCUCAUUUACAUUUCACACUUAAGGCAUUACACGAUCGAUCAUACCCAGAGGUUUACAACAUUAAUCUUGGGUAUAGAACAACACACCCCGGAAGGAAUUCUUCUGUUAAACAGGCCUCACAGAAUGAGAAAUGUUCCUCACACAGUGACCUAAUCAUGCAUGGAGAUGCCUGAUGUGGACAUGCAGGUUUUUCACAUUUCUGUGUAGCUCUGCCCUGAUGACUGUCGCUCUUAGCUUGAUCAGGUUCUCCUCUUUCGAAGACAUGUCAGUUGUUUUAGAAAAUUGUGCGUUUAUGCACGUCAGUCUGAGCAGGUCUGUACAAAUAUCAAGCUAAUAUGAUUUUUACCAAUGUGAGAUGUGCGUGUAUGAAUAUAUGAUUCUAUUUAAAGACUGAAUGUACUAAAAGUAAAGCUGUACGGGGUUGUGUGGUUCAUAUUGGCCUCUGUUUGUAAGUAGCCUCAGUGGAAUGAUGUCCUUUGUGCUACCUCCAUGCUGACAGAGUGGCAGAAUUUAAAGUGCCUUGUGCAAUGUCUCUCACCUCUGUAGCAAAGCAGCAUGCUGGGUAGAGUGAAAAUACACCACUUCAAUACAUUCAAGAAAUAAAAAGGCAUGCUUUUUAAUUUA